AUGGCGACCGGUGUCAGCGUGAACGCAGCUCCUUUGGUGAGCCCAACAUCCAUGUAUCCAGGCCCUCCGCCUCCUUAUUCGUAUCCUGCGAGUGCGGUCUCUUCAAUACCUCCCACACAUAGCCACUCGCCCGCUCCGCGCCGGUCUAUGGAGAUAGAUAAAGACCCAUCUCAGCAGCUACCGCGCCAGUCCUUGCCAUCGAUCCAUGAAGCACUUGGCAACGAAAACCCUCUCCCUUAUCCAGCUCCUUCUUCAGGCGCUCCAUCUCACACCGUUCAUCACGCUCCUCCGCCGCCACCUACCGUCCUCUCCCGACCCAGCACCGAAGGGCCUACAGGUCCACCAAAUCCCUUUUCCACAACCCCCACCCCGGGCUCAUUUCCACGAGACGCGCAAUACCAUCCACCGCAACCACCGACCGCUACUGCAGACCCAUCGCGGUCUAGCAUGGUUUCGCUCUCCACCCAAGGUUCUCGCAAACCCUCACUCCAGUCAGUGUCUGGAAAAUCACCUACUACCAGCACACAAACUGCCCCAACGUCGAUAUCCGCAUCUCAAAUUUCCGCCCCCUACGAGUAUAGUGCACCUACCAGUGCAAUAGCCUCGCCAAAUGGCUAUAACCCAUAUUCUCAACCAUACUCGUGGCAAUCGCAGCCACCGCACAGCCAACCGGGAGCGUACGACAAUCGGUCUUACAGUGCAGGUGGCUGGAAACCAAACAUCGAUGCGAUGCGCGUGGAUGAUAAGAGAGAAAUUGUUGGGCGUCCAGGAGUGCAACCGCACAGCGAUUCGAUUAAGAGGCAUCUCGAUUCAUACGAUGUGGAAUCGUCAUUAACUGAGAUCAUCGAUGGCUCUACCAAAACCCUCGACUUCUCUAAACACUAUGCUACGCGUGCACACCAGGCCCAACGAUCUGGCCCCGUUUUAGGAUCGCUUCCUUCCGUUCAUGAAGUCGACGAUCUACUUCAAACGCAACAACGCAAUCACGAAGCACUUCUGCGUAUUCGUAAUGCGGUUAUAAGUCAAGAACAAGCGUUAGCUGAACAGAGAGCACAGCGUCAUGAUAAGGAGAAUGGAUACGACGACGGACAUGUAGGCAUGUACCAAGAUGGGUUCAAGAGUCCUACGGGAUUUACUGGCGGUGAUGCGAAGAAAAGACGAGGGAAGGCGGCCCCUCCGGGACGAUGUCAUAGUUGUAAUCGAGCUGAAACUCCUGAAUGGCGUCGAGGACCAGACGGCGCUCGCACUCUGUGCAAUGCGUGUGGGCUACAUUACGCCAAGUUGACUCGAAAGAUGGGGGCAACCAAGGCUGCCGCCCUGGGGUCGAACCUCAAGCCGAAGGGCCUUGAUUCUACGUCCCCGGCACACCGAUAG